CCCUUCUCCUCACAACAACAGCUGGGAGCAGCCAAAGAUGGCGACCGUCGCGGGGUUCGAGGGCCACAGGGCGGAGGAGAAGAAGUUCGAGUACUUCUCCUCCAUCAACUCCAUGGCGAGGAAGAUCAUGCAGGAGCGCGAGAAGAUCAAGUCCAAGCACGGGUCCUCCUGGGACAAGAUGUCGCCGCAGGAGCAGGACUGCGCCAUCGACAACUGGAUGAUGGACCCGCACAUCCGAGCCCGGUACGCGAUGCACAGGGUGGAGCGAGAGGAGGUGGCGUGUUACCCCAAACUGCUGCUGCACACCGGGCAGAAGAUCGUGCACUUCGGGGAGGAGGACAUCACCUGGCAGGAUGAACAUUCAGCUCCAUUCUCAUGGGAAACAAAGAGUCAGCUGGAGUUCACCCUGACACCAGGCUCUGCAGACCAGGGAAUCUCUGUCUCGCAGGUGGAAUCAAAGUCCGCAAAGGCUCCUCAUUCCAGCCAGCUUGGACCCAAGGUGACUGUCAGCGAGGGACGGAGGCCAGAGGAGGAGUCGUCUUUCUGGAAGAUCAGCGCUGAGAGGUCCAGGCUGGAGGGAGAGCAGGCGGACUUCCAGUCCCUGACCCCCAGCCAGAUCAAGUCCAUUGAGAAAGGAGAGAAGCCCCUCCCCUCCUACCUCCGACAGGAAACCUCGGUCACCCCCAGGGAGCCUGAGGCAGCAGAGUCCCACCCUCCAGCUCCAACCAGACCCACAAAGCAAAGAGCGCCCAAGCCCCCCGCUCCCCAGCCCCCUGCCCCCGUCACUGUCAGCGCAACGCCGGCAUCCAUCUCCAUCUCGUCGAACCCCGCCCCGCCUCUCAGCGUGUCCUCGACCGUGGCGGGAUGGGAGCGAUCUCAGAGCACCCUGCCAUCGGUGAGCAACACCCUGGAUGAGAUGUUUUCCUCAAACCUCAUGUCAAAGCCUGCCAACAUCCCCACCCGUGUGGAGAAGGAGAAAGAAAUAGAAGCUUCACCCAACGUGGACACCAGCCCCACGUUUUCUCAGUUCAACACAAGCAACAACCUCCUGAAGACCGGAUUCGACUUCCUAGACAACUGGUAAACCACAGCCGAGCACAUCCACCGCUCUGAAUGAAUCAUCGUCAUCAUCACUCUAAAGAAAGGACCACACUGCCAUGACUACAGACAUCCACAUCUAGAUUUAAAACACACCCGUCUUUAAAGUCGACCACAUUAUGUUCUAGUAAUCAUCUCCAGUGGCUUGUUAAGACAUUAUCUCACUGCCUGUGCGCUGGUGUUUUUUUUCCCCUUCCACUCGAAGAGCUCCCUCUCCUCUCUGACAAGGUUUGCAUCUUUUGCCAAACAUGGAAUGUAGAGUUCGCAGGGAUUGAACCUCACAGAAUGUGGACGCUGUGUGUCACUGUGCAUUCACACUGCGACCAACUCUAUGCUCCCGAUUCCACUUCAUGCAUAUUGGAGAAUUCAAGAAGGAUCUUUGAUCAAAUCACUUCCCAGAUGUUGAAAAUCGAACCAAAAAAACCCCAAAAUGCUCAAGAUCAGAAGUUAUUGUUUAAGAUUAUUUAUUUAGCUUGUUUGAGACAACCAGCGUUUACAAAAAGUGCUGAAGAGGCUUCAAAUGAAAGAAUACAGUAAAUAUAUUUACAGAAUGGAGGAGGCUGGACUGGAAAAAUCCAAACUUUUACAGUUUAAAUACCAGAGUUUCUAUUAAAAUAUCUAAUUUCAUAUCUGGGUUUUAUCUUGACAUGAGAACUUUUCUCUGCUAAAGUUUUGCUUUUCAUAAUUGAGCAAGGUUUUAUUAGCUUGUCCAGCUGCUAGCCAAAAUUAUAAACAACUAAAAAUAUCAGGAAACCGUCAAUAACAUCACUAACACCCCCCCCCCACCCCCCGCCCACUGAAUGUGUCCUCUUUGCCGUACUGUAAUCUUUUAAUUAAAAGUUUUAGAAAAGGGAAACUUAACUUUUCUGUUAAAACCCACUAACCCAUUGUACACUUGCUGUUAAUAGCUGUUGUCCCUGACUCCUGACUGUCAGAGGGACAGUGUGGAGAUGCAGUUUCUUUAAUAAGUCGUUCCUCACGUUGCUCGCCGUGUGGAUGCACAGUAACGGUGUCACCCAGCCUCCUUCUCGUCCCGCAACUUAUAGACGCUAAUCUGGGAAGCGAGAACAAUUUUGUAUGGAAACAUCGAUCCGUCUGCAAACUGUUUUUUAUUUUUUGUUGUGCUGGUUUUUGCUCUCUGAUGUGCUUUUAUUUAUACCUAUAUAUUCCUAUAAACCUUUAGAGUUAUAGAGUUUAGUAGUGCUCGGUGCUGCAGUCCUGACCCACUUAGUGCAAUUACUACACAUCCACACAGGUCGUGGGAUUCCUGGAAUAGUGCGCAAGCUUGGAAGAGGUUGUUGGGAUGGAGAAAAUCAUUGAAUCUUCACCGUCCCAUAACAGAAAUAUCGUGGAGUGAAUUUCCAUUUUCACACAUUUGAUGGAAACCAGGUGGUUGCUCUCUUUGGCAUUAAGCAAACAGAAAGAGGAGGGAAGAACAGCCAUGGAAGUGCUCGAACUUUUGUCACGGAAAACCCCUGGACUGUGUGUCCUGGCUGCCAUGGGAACCUAUUCCAAAUGUCCUGUAUGGAGUUAACUCCUUGACAACGCUUCCUCACCACCUCACCCCUCCCUGCUUUCACCCCUGACCUCAAUCGAGUGCCGAGCAAAGCUAGCGAGCGCCGACGUACUAAAAUCACACGCGCUCACAGUGUGUGUUGAGGUAAACGGGCAUGGCGUGUAGUGAUUUGUGACAUAGUUUUCACGACUAGAGUACUAUUUUAAUGAAUUUUAUAUUUAUCCGCUGAUCUUCUGCUACACAUGUAUAUUGCACUCAUGCAUUUUGAAGUCACAGAUCAGAAAGAAGUAAAUAAACGAAAGUCAAACUUG